GAGGAGCGCACCAGAGUUGGAUGCAUGGCAGAGUGUGAAACACGGGCUGAUUGCCAUGCCAUUGAUCGACCGCCAACGAUUGGCUUCGCCGAAUGCUGUCUUUUCACUGGCAACAACACCGGCAAUGGCGUCGCUGAUCGCUUUUGCUUCUCGAAGGAUGUGACGCGCACGCCACAAGCUGGAGAUCUCAUUGAUACGACUGUGACCGUACUUCCGGUGCCUUUCCUGGGCUACCUCACGCUGUCCUCCCACACUGUCGGCGUGGUGGCAACGGCCGAGAUGGGAUUGUGCCUUCCCUGGACGUGGUGCGGAUUCAUCGUGAAGGACUGCAGCGGUGCUAUCUUGUACAAAAUCGAAGUAGACACUUUGCCGGACAUUGAUGGUGAUGGGACAGUGCUACCAGGUACCGCUGGAUUGAGCUAUGUUAUCAAAGAUGCUGCUGGGUCGUAUCUCGGUCGAAGCAGCCAUCUGACAGACGGUUAUGAGCCCAUCCGGCUUCUGGAUGCUGAGAACAAGCAGGUCUCCAUGCUCAUCACGGCAGCUGGGUUUUGGCGACGGACUUUCUUCCCGCUCCGUUGGUUUGUCAACACCGCCGUCACGAGACAGCCCGCGUCAGCGGUGCCUCUUGCAGAUCCACGGUUGAUCACAAUGAUGGUCACCUUCCAGUUCCGCAAUCUAGGAUACUUUGGCAUCUUCUGGAUUCUUCUCCUGGUGAUCGUCGUGGUGGCUGUGUACUUCUACCUCAAGAGGAGCAGGGGGCUGGCCUACGAUGGUGGCUUCAGCAUUCGUGGCGGUUGGUUGAAGGGCUUGUCCUACUAUUCUCAAGCUGAUGAAGAGCAGGAGUUUCUGAAUGGCGGCGAUGGAGGAGGCUGCUGCACUGGACGACAAAAGAAGACACCGCAGGUCACGGUUUCCGUGGCUCGGACUCUGCCGCAGGCCGGCGGCGGUGGUAGGCUGACUUUGGAGAGAUUGGAUAUUCUUCCCGACGGCGAGUGCGACUCCCGGCCUCUGUUCCUGCUUACGGAGCAUCGGCAGAGGGCGGGGCUUUACAAAUAUGACGGGGCAGUAGAGGUACAGGUGCGGAAUAUCCCGUCCAUCUCAGCGGUGCUGUGUUUGGUGUUCCAGCUGGGUGCUUACGUGCUGUGCGAGCCAAAGAGCUGCCAGAAGGCCGUGCAUUUGGGCGUUGGAAACGACAGCACUCUGGGACCUCAUUAUAUGUACCUCAGAUUCCCCGGCCUCAACUUGGAAGCGUUUCCAGGAGCUGGAGGAAAGGGACCGCAGAUUUCGGAACAAGUUUCAAAGCAUCGCAGAGUUUCAGCAGUUCGAGCGAACCCUGCAGUGGUUCCGGGCGCACGACUGCACAGAGAGCCACCGGCUGACCCACUCUUGCUUCAAAGGACGCUCCGACUUCACGCAGACAGGCAUGCUCGUGCAGACCUUGGGACGCCGGUUUUUGACACCGAAGAGGACCUCGAAGGGUUGAACAAGGCAAUAGCCUGGCUGUACGACCGACGGAUUCCCGUCGUCUUGAUGGAGCGACAGACUCGCAUUUUCCCGCUGAUCUUCGACAUGGACUUGAAGGUUACAUCGCAGGACAUGCUGGACUCAGUGCCAGUCCGUAUCAAGCGGACGAGGCCCUGGCGAGGUCGUGUCGAUUUUUGCCGCUGGCACGGUGCCGACCAUUUUGUCCUCAGCAAGGACAUGGUGCUGCUGCGGCACCUGGGGAUGAUCGUCUUUCAGUUCUUCCCGGAUCUCCCCCUGAUCGACUUUUGCAUCUUCAAUGCAUCCGGAUGGGACAGAGUCAAAGAGUUGGUCAAGGUUUCCCUUCACCUCGUUGCUCCAUACGUGUUGGUCACGCCCGAUCGCCUUACCGCCAUUCGGGAGAGGAUGCUGGAGUAUCUGGGCGAAUGCUCAGAAGCUGAUGGUCAUCCACUGGCAGACCUGCUGCAGACCUAUCUCCAAGAGUCGGAGGACAACACUUGGGACAAGGUCGUGGAUCAAACCGUGACAAGUGGGACGAAUGGUCUGCGCAUGCCGUACUGUGACAAAGCUCAGAGGAUCCUGAAGAGGGAGUUCGUGGACCGCAAGCGGCGGGGAGAGGUCUUCACUGAGCGGCAGCUCAUGGACCUCCACGCGUAUCUGAAGGAGGAGGCGGGCCGUCCUUGCCUUCCCGAGGGCAUCUUGCGGCUAAUCCCAGCCAAGAAUGCGGAAGACGAGAAUGCGCUGCCAGAGGCGAAGUGGAUGUGCAAAGGAGAUGACUUGCCGAUAGACGAAUGGAUUCGACUGGGAAGGUGUCGCUAUGCUUGGCGCAUGCCUUUGGCACCGCCAGGUCCGACCCCUUGGCGGCCUCCGCUUCGCUAUCAGUGGGUGGAGCCAGUCCCUCUCUGGGAGGAUCGCACCCAACUGAAAGGCAGCCCCGUGGUACGGAAAUUCCAUGGCUCGGCCGCUGAGUUCCGCAGCAACUGGGAAGAGGCCCUGAGCCGCUCUCCUAAGCUCUCCGGUCGCUGGCUGAUCUCGAGCAUUGACGCACGCUGGCGUGGCGGCCUGGAGAACGACUCCACUCAUGAGGUUCGCUACAUCGUGCGAGCUUCCCGUGUGAUUCUUCUGUUGUCUCCUGAAGUUGGGGCAGCUUUGGUUUUCACGGAGCUUCGCAAGGUCUUGGCUGGUUGGACGGAGCCGGAUGACUUUCUGUGUGUGCCCAUUUGCGGCUCCCCCUCCGACUCACACUCGUCAGCACUGCACACCAUCGUCGCUCCGUCGAAGGAAUUCCCAACCCUGCAGGCAGCUCUAAACGCUGUCCCAAGCGAUGAGCCUCUCCAUCGUGUUUUGGUGAGGUGCGGCACGCACGAGCUCCCAGAGACAUUGUGCAUCAAGCGGCCGGUCUUGCUGGAGGGGGAGGGCCGGUGGGAAACGACUUUGAGGAGCUUCAGCUUCAUCCCAGAACUGUACUGCCAGAGUUCUACUGAGCGAGUGCCACGCAGCCGGUCUGCCUCUGCGCCGGUUCGACCUGCGUCAUAUUCUGCACCCAAGUCAUGUCUCCUUCAUGUCUUUUUCAUGAUGCCUAGACACUCUGGAGCCCAGAAGUACAAACUACUUGUACUUCAUAGAUCCAGGUACUCGUAG